AUGCCAAGGAAAUCUCAACAUGCAUGUGUUCGUGAGGAUUGUAUCAAGUGUUUGCAGAGAAAAAGAAGGGUUACGGAUUGCAAAAUCGCUCUUCGCAAGCAUCGGAAGAGAACGGAUCUAUUUCGACCAAGAAGUGAGAGAAAUCGAGAAAAAAUACAAGUCGGAAGUGGAGAUGAUGAAAUGGGAGAAAGAGAAAUUGGUCGCAAAGAUUCUGCUUGA